AUGUGGAACAAGGGCGUAUGUUUGUGGUUAUUGCUGCGAUUCUCUCUCUUUCGUGCUCAGAGUAGAGUAAAUUACCGGACGAUGCCCAUGCUGCCCCGUGGCACCUUCGAGGGCAAAGCAACUCUAAUCACUGAUGGCGACAUGGGCUUGGGCAAGGGCAUCGCAACCAAAUUAUCGGAUCUUGGCGCCAUCGUUGCCAUCAUGAGCCGAAAGCGCAAUGUCGUGAAUAUGGCAGCUCAGGAAAUCCAGGAGCUCACAGGUGACAAGGUGACUCCUCUCAUAGGAGACGUAAGUGACAUUAAUCAGGUAAAGAACGCGGUAGACGAACAAAACAAGUAG